CCCAGGCCGCAGUCCCUCAGCGCGCUCUGCGCUCUCCCGUGCCCCCUCCCUGGGACCCUGGAGCGGGAGGGCGGCCGGGCCAGACCUGGCCCAGUUGUUGGGGAGGGGGGCGUGAAAGUAAUGGCUGCUGGGGGAGACUGCGGUUGGAGGGUGUGGAGUGGGGUUGCUUGAGAUUAAUUGUUGGAAACGGGCACAGAAGCUUGGCACUGUGGGUUUGGGCAAAAGCAUGGGUGCGAUGUGGCUGCAAGAGCCGAGUUGGUGCCCCGAAGAGACGGCGUUGGCCUAGCUCAGGGCACAAGGCAGGGGGGCUCAGUCUACAUUUGUGGAAGGAAGGAGCGAGUGAAAAUAACUAUGGAAAGUGGGACAGCGAAUUCAUGGGAAUCAUAUACUUCCCGAAGGGUGCGGGAGAGGGUUCUGAUUAAGAAGGGUGCCGAACAAAUCAGUCUGAAAGUGUCCAAGGAGGAAGCUGGGUCGCAGGACAUAGACCAAGAAUUGAAGGCGGAUCCAUGGAACCCAGCGAAAUGCCUGCUGCCAGUCACUGCCCUUCAGACUCUGCCCCAAAGAGUGAGACUAGAGCCCCCCAGGGCAUGGAGCUUAUCCCCAGGAGAGCUGUCAGUCGCUCUCCAACCUGCGCCCGCUGCCGCAACCACGGUGUCACUGCCCACCUCAAGGGCCACAAGCGCCUAUGUCUCUUUCAGGCUUGCGAAUGUCACAAAUGUGUUCUCAUCCUGGAGCGCCGAAGGGUCAUGGCUGCCCAGGUGGCCUUGCGUAGGCAGCAGGAGGCACAACUGAAGAGACACCUGGCUCAGGGACUGACAAGGAGAGGAGCAGCCCCUCCCAAAGCUCCCAACCGUGUCAAGAAGGGAGCUAUGCAACCGGGCAUCCCCUCUGGAAAGGAGAACAUAGCACUCCAGCCUCAGACCCCCCAUGGGGCAGGCCCACUGGCAUUGACACCUGCUGGGAAGGACAAUUCCUGUGGGCCUCUUCUGCUCAGCUGUCCCCCAGAAGCCUUGCCUUUGCCCUGGACUCCAGUGCCUGCAGGCCCUUGGGCCCCUGGACACUGGUUGCCUCCAGGCCUUUCCAUGCCACCCCCAGUGGUAUGCCGCUUACUAUGCCGAGAACCUGCUGUCCCUCUGCAUCCCUUCCCUGGCUUUGACCCUGGCACCUCCCUUCGGCUGCCCACUCAUGGUACCCUCUCAACCUGCCCAGGAUCUUGCCCAGUACUGACAGCUCCUCUUUCUGGAGAGCCCCAAGGACCCUCAAGCCUGCCCCGCACAUGUUCAACUCUGAUACUUCAGUCCUGUGGCACACCAGACCCUCUUCUGCUACAGCCACAGGGCUCUGGAACCUCUCGCCUGACCUGGGCAUCUGCUUCAGAACAACAAUUGCAGCAGGAGGCAGCCGAGGCCCUUGUGGGACUGAAAGAUUCAUCCCAGGCUCCCCGCCUGACCCCUUCUGUAGCCCCCAGCCCUGCCUGGAUCUCCCUGCUCCACCCCUGUGGCCCACCAGCUCCUGCUGGAGGAAGAGGAUUCCAGCCUGUUGGCACUUCUCUCAGACCCAGCCCAACCCCCUCUGUCGCUCUGCAUAUUGGGCGACUGGGAUCCAUCUCCCUCCUGAGCUAGAAGCCCAGACAUAGAGGCUGCCUCACUGGGCAGGGAGGCCAUAGCCUACAGGCACUGCAUAUGUGUAUUUUAUUUAUAGAUUUAUGCAUGGAAUUCAAUGCAGUAUAAGCGUCAGGCUUUUUUUUUUUUUUAAAUCUUUCAAUUCCUUUGUCCUGUGUGCAUUUCCUUGGCCAAAGAUGGAUAUUUUGUAUCCCACCUUGGAGUCUGGGACCUUUUUAAAUCCUCAACAAAGAGAGAGGUGUGCAGUUUAAGCUGACUAGUAUCCAAAUGCGUUUGCAUGAGUUCACGUUCCAGGGUAUUUAUCCAACACACGAUCCUAUACAUACCUAUGCACUCAUGUCUGUCUCUAGGUAUGUGAAAACAGGAGAGAGUUUUCAUUUCAUGUUUAGGUUUGUGUGAAUAACGAAGAAAUAAACCUUUGUUGUUUUAAGCC